AUGGUAUCCGCGACUGCCCAGUCUACGCCAGCGCCUCUGAAAGGCCGACUGCUCAUCGCGCUGGAUUGCUGCCCGAACUGUCUAAGCCACCGCCUUUCCAGCCGUUGCCGCAGCGGGGACAAAUUGUGCGUGGCCUGCGCAAAGGAGUAUGAUGAUAUCGACCUGGUCCGUCACAAUACGAUUUUGUGCCCAAAAUUUUACACCGCCACCCGGGCCGUCCAUGAGAAGAUGAAGCGAUGGCGUACCUCCGACCCCGACUCCCGCUCGUUCACCCAGCAACGCCGUCGUCAUCCCCCCUUC